CUUCCCUCUUCCUCUUACACACCCAACACCCAAACUCUGGUUGCGGCCAAGAGGUUGAAGUCAGGAGAAGACCAUCGGAGGGUCAUGGGAAGGUCUCCGUGCUGCGAGAGAGCGCACACCAACAAGGGAGCGUGGACCAAGGAGGAAGACGACCGCCUCAUCGCCUACAUCAGAGCCCACGGCGAGGGCUGCUGGCGCUCGCUCCCCAAGGCCGCCGGUCUUCUCCGCUGCGGCAAGAGCUGCCGCCUCCGGUGGAUCAACUACCUUCGGCCCGACCUCAAGCGUGGAAACUUCACCGAGGAGGAAGACGAGCUAAUCAUCAAGCUCCACAGUCUUCUCGGUAACAAAUGGUCUCUGAUCGCCGGAAAGUUACCUGGGAGAACGGACAACGAGAUCAAGAACUACUGGAACACGCACAUCAGGAAGAAGCUGCUGAGCAUGGGGGUGGAUCCUGCCACCCACCGGCCGAUCCACGACAGCGCCGCGACCAUAACCGCCGUAUCCGUCGGGAGAACAGAGGAGAAAGCUGCUGGUUUUGGACGCGAGCAGGAGAGGAGCGGCGAGGAGGAGACAUCGGCACGGCGGCAGCACCAUCGACCACCGAAGUGUCCAGACCUCAACUUGGAGCUUUGCAUAAGCCCUCCGUUCCAACAAGCUCCUUUGCACCCCAUCUAAGAGGAGAGCUCUGUGCUUUGUGUCAGCUGCAGAGGAGCAAGGAAUAAGUGGUGCAAGUACUGGAAACAGCUUAGUUCUUUGACCACUGCAUCCUUGAGAUGAUCUGAGGAAGGAAAACAAAUGGAGAGAAGAUGCUGUGUCUUAAGAAGCUCUGUUGUAAUCUUUCUCCAUCUGGAGUACUGCUCUGUUUGUAAACCAUUUCUAUCUUGUAAAUGCUUUAAUCCGAGGGAUUGCCAGUAAGCAAAUGAAGACCAAAAAUACAAGGAAAGAGAAAUCAAACGUCGUCAUUGUCGAACCACUGUACUCCUCCUAUAUUUGGGAUCUAACUAGUUAAGCAAGGGAUCUUGUUGUGUCCAAA